GAAUGUGAUAUUAAAGAGCUAUCACCUGAUAAUAGAACAGUAUGGAGGCUAGUAGCUGAUGAGCUGGAAUCACUAGGCAUGAUAGUGAAAGAUGUGAGCCUACCUCAUUUCUCUUACUCUGUUCCAUGCUACACUGUCAUCUGUUCUGCUGAGGCCUCUUCUAACAUGGCAAAAUACACUGGAGCCAUUUUUGGAUAUGAUUGUUCAAAGGCUCAUUCCCCAUCAACAGUGGAUGAGAUGUUUGCCUAUAAUAGACAGUUUGGACUCGGACCUGUUGUUAAGCACAGGAUUAUUGCUGGGACCUACUUUCUCUCAUACCAUGGAAGGCAUCAUUAUGAACAAGCUCUUAAAGCACGAAGCUUAAUAAAGAACGAUUAUCGAACUGUGUUUGACAAAGAUGGUCCUGAUCCUGUUGAUAUUCUGAUUACUCCAGUGUCACUUGGACCUCCUCCUACACGUAGUACAAUGGAAGAGUUGGGACCAGUUGAAGCAUAUGUACUUAAUACAUUCCUUGUACCAGUUAACUUAGCAGGAUUACCAGCCAUUAGUGUUCCUAUUACUAGAGGAGAAGGAGAGCUCCCACUAUCAGUCCAGGUUAUUAGUAAGUGGUUUGAUGAAGGCCUUAUGAUAAAGAUAGCUAAACUUAUAGAAACUUUUAUGAGAAACAAAAACUGAGAUACAAAAAACAGGGAAUAUAUUUUUU